CCAAUACCCAUUACUCGACUCGACUCUGGCAUAACUUUUCUUGUUUCCUACUCCAUUGUCUUCUUUGCAAGCUCCCGACUCUUCUGCCCCAAGCCGAUAAGGAGCUCCAACAAUGGCGACGCCUAUGGUUCUGGAUCCUAACCCUACUCCCAAGCCUUCUUUUGAGGUUCCGGCGACCCGAACCGACGCGUCCGCUCAGGACGUGUCGUACGACGCCGAGGACGAUCUCUACGCGCGGCUGAAAUCGCUGCAGAGACAGUUGGAAUUCAUCGAGAUACAAGAGGAAUACGUCAAGGAUGAACUGAAGAACCUGAGGCGAGAGCACCUCCGAGCGCAGGAGGAGGUUAAGCGGAUCCAGUCGGUGCCGCUUGUAAUUGGGCAGUUUAUGGAGAUGAUCGACCAGAACAACUCUAUCGUCGGCUCCACCACUGGUUCCAAUUACUACGUUCGGAUUCUCAGCACCAUUAACAGGGAGCUUCUCAAACCCUCUGCUUCCGUCGCGCUUCAUCGCCACUCCAACGCCCUCGUCGACGUGUUGCCUCCCGAGGCGGACUCUAGUAUUUCGCUGCUAAGUCAAUCAGAAAAGCCGGAUGUUACCUACAAUGAUAUUGGGGGAUGUGACAUUCAGAAGCAGGAAAUACGUGAAGCAGUGGAGUUGCCUUUGACUCACCAUGAACUGUACAAGCAAAUUGGUAUAGAUCCUCCCCGUGGUGUCUUGCUCUAUGGUCCACCAGGUACUGGAAAAACCAUGCUUGCUAAGGCUGUUGCUAAUCAUACAACUGCAGCUUUUAUAAGGGUUGUGGGCUCAGAAUUUGUACAGAAGUACUUGGGUGAGGGUCCUCGUAUGGUUCGUGAUGUUUUCCGCCUUGCCAAAGAAAAUGCCCCAGCAAUCAUUUUUAUCGAUGAGGUAGAUGCAAUUGCCACUGCUAGGUUUGAUGCUCAGACCGGAGCUGAUAGAGAAGUUCAGCGUAUUCUAAUGGAGUUACUAAAUCAGAUGGAUGGGUUUGACCAGACAGUUAAUGUGAAAGUUAUAAUGGCAACUAAUCGAGCAGAUACAUUGGACCCUGCUCUUUUGCGUCCUGGAAGGCUUGACCGAAAGAUUGAAUUUCCAUUGCCAGAUAGACGUCAAAAGAGGCUUGUGUUCCAGGUGUGUACUGCAAAAAUGAAUUUAGGCGAUGAGGUAGACUUGGAGGACUAUGUUUCUCGGCCAGAUAAGAUUAGCGCUGCUGAGAUUGCUGCGAUUUGUCAAGAAGCAGGAAUGCAUGCAGUACGAAAGAACCGAUACGUCAUUCUCCCCAAGGACUUCGAGAAGGGGUACAGGACAAAUGUUAAGAAGCCUGAUACUGACUUUGAAUUCUACAAGUAAAAUGCAGAAAUAGCUGCGAAACAUGAACAAAAUUAACUUGUUUUCAAUGUAGUAAGUAUAACAGUCUCUUAACUUUUGCUGUGUGUUCAAUGCUGCAGCAGAUGGAUUUAAAUUUUAACUGGCAUUGUUAUUUUCAUGGCUAA